GGUUCCCCGCGGGGGGCCGGGGCGGGGCGCGGCUGGAGCCAGGGACUCCGGGCGGAGGAGCCCCUAGGAGACCCAGCACUGACGAGUUGCUAUGGCAUCCUACUACGAGAUCCUAGACGUGCCCCGAAGUGCGUCCGCUGAUGAUAUCAAGAAGGCGUAUCGGCGGAAGGCUCUACAGUGGCACCCAGACAAGAACCCGGAUAAUAAAGAAUUUGCCGAGAGGAAGUUCAAGGAGGUGGCUGAGGCAUAUGAAGUGCUGUCCGACAAGCAUAAGCGGGAGAUCUACGACCGCUAUGGACGGGAAGGGCUGACUGGGGCAGGAACUGGCCCAUCUCGAACGGAUGUUGGUGGCGGUGGGUCCGGCUUCACCUUCAGCUUCCGCAGCCCCGAGGAGGUCUUCCAGGAGUUCUUUGGGAGUGGAGACCCUUUUGCAGAGCUCUUUGAUGACCUGGGUCAGUUCUCGGGGCUGCAGAACCGGGUGUCGUCGGGACACAGGCCUUUCUUCACCUUCGCUUCCUCCUUCCCCGGGCACUCUGAUUUCUCCUCCUCGUCUUUCUCCUUCAGCCCUGGGGCUGGUGCUUUUCGUUCUGUUUCCACGUCCACCACCUUUGUUCAAGGGCACCGCAUUACAACACGAAGGAUCAUGGAGAACGGGCAGGAACGGGUGGAAGUGGAGGAGGACGGGCAGCUCAAGUCGGUCACAAUCAACGGUGUCCCAGACGACCUGGCACUGGGCUUGGAGCUGAGCCGUCGUGAGCAGCAACCGUCAGUCACCUCCAGGCCCGGGAGCACGCAGGUCCGUCAGACCCUUGCCACACGCCCUUCUGACAGCGACCUGUCUGAUGAUGAGGAUCUACAGCUCGCCAUGGCCUACAGCCUGUCAGAGAUGGAGGCGGCUGGGAAGAAACCGGCAGCCUGCCCCAGGCCUCGGGACUAGGCAGAGAUGUGUUCUGAGCUGAAUGUCCGGAAUCCAGAGUUGCUGCACAGCUCCAACAGGACAGCGCCCUCCCCCGCGUGCUGGGAGGGGACCCUCAUUUCUCUCCUUCACCCGUGCAGAGCGUAGAGCUGGGCCUGGGUGGUGGGUGGGGGUGGGUCUGUAGUCUCAGCCUGUAAAUUCUUCCCUGGGUGUUUGGUGCUGUCCCUUGGAGACUGCAGGUCCCAGAAUGCAGUGCACCCUGCCUCCUUUCUGGUAGAUCAUGCUUGGGGAAGCAGUGCAUGGUUAUGGAGCUGUGCAUCUUGGGACGUGUAGUUCCAGCCCAGGUGGGCCUGUUGCUUGCUGUGAGAUGGGGACAUCUUGUCAUUUGAUUUGUCUCUGGUAGGGGUGUCGAUAAUGUGGAUGAAGGGGUAAUGGUCUGAGCUUCGGCCUCCCUGACACCUAUUGCUAGUGCUGGAUUAGAGAGUGCAAAUCAAAUCCCAGUGCCAUCUGGGGGAGGCAGCCAGGGCAGAUCCGCUACGCAGGGCACACUAGCCUCCGAAGGCUGAUAGGCAUGGGCUGGCAGAGAGCUGGGGAGGGCGGGCCACACCCAGUGUGUGGGGCCACAAUUGACAUGUGAAGGGAGCUCCGGGCAUGUUGCUGUUUGUAUGGCUUUCUUGGCCUCUGACCCUGUUGGCCGUUCUCUCUCUCUAACACCACGGAUGAGCUGCCUCGCCUCCUCCCUGCCCGGGGAGCACAGUGGCCAGGGAGGGGAGUGGUGGAGCCGGGGUGUGGCCAGCCCUGGUGACAUUGAUUCUCAGAGACUUAUCAUAGCCAGCUUGGCUUUGGGCUGAGCUCAGAAGAGAGGGGAACACUGGAAGUCAAUAAAACUUGAGUUUUGAGAGCUCGGGGUGUGCUGUGUUUCUGUGUCCUCCCUUCUCAGGGCGGCCCAGGAGGCACCCCAUGGGACCAGUGGGUGACACACCUCCCUUUCUGGCCCAGACUCUAGCUGGAGGCGGCAGACUUCUUCCCAGCUGACAGCACAGUCCCAUUUCCCAGACUGUGUCCUCCAGCGAGUUACGGAACCCUGAGGCCUGCUCACGUCCUUCUGCUCUAACUUCUGGGGACCCCACACCUGGCUUUCCCCAAGCAGCCUCUGCUCCUCUUACUCGGGGACGCACUGCUCUAGGAAAACCAAAGUGACUCCAUCUUGUUUUGAUGCCAUCUUGGGCCCUUGACCAAUAGCUAUACCCCGCCCCGGGGAGGUGGCCAGUCUCCCCACUGUUUCUUUUGUGUGCGCACCCGUCCCCAUGACCCCCACACAGCCUGUUCAUCUUAGAACAAAGACGCACGCGACACGACCCCCUGGACCUCUGUUGUCACUAGCCUCACACAAGGAAGAUCGCAUGGCCUCGGCAGGGUGUGUGGCCUGUCAGGGUGGGUGUGUGGAUCCCGCCUUGACCCAAAGCCCUGGCCGCUGGCUCCGUGCUGAGACCGCCUGCGCGAGUUAUCCUGAAUAAACUUUGAGACUAGUGGGUGUGCCUGCUGCCUU